GACGGUGGAGAACUUUCAGAAGAGGUUCAGAGUUUCCGCGCAGAGCAGAGCAGCUCCUCUGACAUCACCGCAGAAACCCGAUAGACCCUCGUUCUGUCCUUCAGGGCUUCCUCGAGGACCAUACCGGCUUCUCCUCAGACGUUCUGGAUACAAGCAGCUGCCCGUUGUAAGAUCAUGUCGUUCCAUAAGCGCGUUCUCCGUUCUCUGGGUAACGGUCCUGCUCGGAGGAACCUGUUUGGUCCGGUGGAUCGUGAGCAGUUGCAAGCGGAGUACAGAGACGCUCUGCGGAAGGACGUAGAGGACGCGUCGCGCCGCUGGGGGUUCGACUUCGUCUCCGAGAAGCCCCUGCAGGGCGGGGAUUUUCAAUGGGAGGGGGUCCCGGGGGCCCGCGUGCCCGCCCUGUACCGGUCCUGCAUUGUGGGGGAGGAGCCAGUGCCACAGAGGGAGGAGUCCACAUCGGCCGUUACCAUUACAAGGGGUCCGACUCGACCCAUAAUCGGAAAAGAGAACGUCCCCACAACACCAGAGAGGUACAGCGGCGCCCCGCAGAACCUGGAGAAAACGCCCGAGAAAAACAACCCGCUGAAGAGGAAACAGACCAACAUCACAGAUUUCUACCAGGCCAAAAGACGAGUCGUGGCCACUCCCAGGAAAUCAGGGCAGUGACUCACGGAACUGCCGAGAAACCUGCCUCACACACGCACACGUACACACACACACACACACACACACGCACAUACACACACACACGGUGCUCUCAGGAACUCACCUGCACAGACUGUAAAUACACCUGUUGAAGGACUUGUAUGUUUGUACAAACACACUGAGCUUUUCUUUCAUUACAGUAAUUACGAAUCAUUCGACAUUUUUAUUGUAUUUUAUUUUUCAUUGACAGGAAUUUGUCUGUCUGGUUUCUAUUUACAUGUUUUCUGCUUGUUGUACAAAAGCAUGUGAUACGGUUCUGCAUUUCUCUGAAGAACCAGCAACACUAAUCCAGCUACGCUAACCUAACAGAACCAAGAAGAAACGGUCAAACAUUAUCGCCCAAAACACAGUGGACGACAAACCAUGAGGACCAUGGGAUCUAGAUUGGGAUCUAGACUGGGGUCUGAGUUAUGAUCUACGUUCUGUUGGUUCAUUACUUUAUAUGAACCAAUACAACAUUUAAGUCAAUAGAGUGGAGAGAAUAUUGUAAGUUGGGGUCUAAUUUGGGAUCUAGUUUGGGUUCUUGAUUUGGGUAUAGACUGGAAUCUAGACUAACUUGUAAAUUUGGCUCUAGACCAGGAUCUAAAUUGUAAAAUGAACCAGUAGAACAUUCAUAUCAGAAGAAUGGACUUUUGGAAGAAUGGAAAACAUUCUAGAUUGGGAUCUUGAGUCUAGUCUGGCAUCUAGAAUUGGCCAGUAGAACAUUUUCAUUUAUAGAGUGGACCAACAGAACUUUCCAGAUUGGCUUGUCAGUCGAGCUCUAGACUAGGAUCUAGAUUGGAAAGUGAACAAAUGGAACAUUCUAACUUGGGAUCAAACCUUGGAGGUAGAUUGGGUUCUAGAUUUGGGAUCUAGAUUGUUUCUGCAGCACUUUAGUCUCGUUUAGCUGCUGCAUCUUUCCGUUUAAUUGGGACCGGCAAACAACAACACUGAUUAUAUUGUAUAAAAGUGGAGAGGAAUUGUUGGAAUUGUUGGCGGGAGAAAAGGUUUUUUUGUACAGAGGCGAUGAAAGUGAAGUGGGAGCUUCAAGCGCCGGAUAUUUUUCAUUAUUAUUGAUAAAAAAUCAAAACAAACCUCCACGGCGCGAGUCCACGGCGCGAGUCCACGACGCGAGUCCACGGCCCGAGUCCACGACGCGAGUCCACGACCCGAGUCCACCCCUUCGUCACUUUAUUCGUGGUUUCUGUGUGGCGGUGUUUUCGCUCUGCUCUGGCUGUUUGUUGGUGAGGUGUGUUUGCUGGUCCCGGCUCAGCUCUUCUGCUCUCCUACACGCUGUACAUAACGUGCUGUACGCUGGCGCGUGUGUAAAUAUCUCUGUAGGACGCAGUUAAACUGAGGUUUAGUGACGAAUAAGAACCGUUUACUCACUCAUGGAACUGUAAACACUCGGAUUUCCUGCCGUCAUCACAGUAGAACCUUCCAGAACCGGGGCAAGAACGUUCAGAACGAAUUUCACAGCAAAGUAUUUUAAAUUCGGAUUCGGUUCAGUACGUUAGCGAUUGUGUCCUGCUUUGUUGCACAAGUAGCUCGUUUUGAAAACUACAGAUCCUCAGAUGUCAGAUUUUCCGAUUUGACACUUUAAGAAAAGCUAUUUUACAUUUAAAUGAACUAAAGUAAGCUAAAAAACAUGUUCUCAUACACACAGGCUAAACAGUCGCAAAUAAUAUUUCUGUUUAAGCGUUUAUUAAAGAAAACCCUUGCCUUAUUUCCGCUGCUGAUGGAAAGUGGGGGGAUCAGGCAGCACCGGAGCUCAAUAACGAGCCGAACUACAGCAAAAAUUAAGAUUUAUGUAAUUAUGCAAAAGCCCCAGAACACAGCCAGUGGCGUUUCUCUGCUUAGGACGUUUAUAAACCUGCAAAAAAUUCUCAUUUGAACUAAAACAAUCACAGAUUAGUGCCAUUCAGUGCAAAUCUGUUCUUAUUUCAUAAUUAGUUCAUAAUUAUUUCAUAAAUGUUGAUAAUUAGUGGUCAUAAGCUGUCUGAGUGUGUUUAUAGCUGUCCGCCAGCAGAGGUCGCCAGAGGCGCAGUUGAAAGCUGCUUUAACGCCAACCUGCAUUCACCCCCGAUGUUGCACUUGUUUGUUUUGUUGCUGAUGAGGUCCUGAUCCUCUCGCAGAUUCGGAGUACAGAGUACUUCCCUUAUUUAUUGUCAGAUAAAGGUUAUACUGUAGAUUAUUGACACAAAUGUGUAGUAGAAAUAAACGUAUAUUUACAUGGAUGGA